UUUUUUAUUUUAAAAAAUGUAAUGAGUGAUGUAUCGUAUUUAAUAUUAAAAAUAAAAUAACAAAAUAAAUAAAUAAAGAUAGACUGGAGAAAUAAAUCAAAUAAAUAUUUUUAGAAAUGAUAAAUUAAAAUAAAUAUUUUUAGAAUGAUUAUUUUCCAAUUUAUCGUCUUUUGUUUUUUUUUUGUUCAUGUUUUUCAGCUGUUACUACAAGCCGUCGGUGCUCUGCAUCUUUCUCCUCCAUUUUUUUUAGCACAACAAACAUCACAUUUUUCCUUUGACAUUCCCCUUUUCCAUCACUUUUCUUGAUUUGAGUUUCAAGAUUUAACCCCCAAAAUCUCAUAUUUUGUUCUCAAACUCUUUUUUUUUCUUUUUAAUAAUCGUGGUAUUUGGGUCAGUUUUUUUUUUGGUUCCUUGACUAAAUUCAAGAAAAACACCCCUUUUGCUUUCACAUUGCCUUUUUCAUCACUUUUCUUGAUUUGGGGUUUCUCAAAUCUCAAGUUUUGUUCUCAAUUUCCUUUUUGUCUGGAUCAGCUUUUUUUCUUUUCUUUUGAUAAUUGUGGUGUCGAGGACAGCUUUUCGUGCACGUGGACUAAAUUCAUGGGAUACGUGUCACCUUCCAUGAGCAACAACAGAUAGAUUUUUGUUCUCAAUUUUCAAGAUUCAGAAUUGGGUAAUUGUCUAGAAAAAAACAAGCAGAAAAGAGAGAGGGAGAGAGAUGUAUGCUGUAAAGGAAACAGUUUCUGAGAAACUUUCUCGUUUAUUUUCAGCUUCACCUUCUAAAUCUGUUGAUCAACAACCUCAGGCCAGGCCGUAUACAAAGGAUGGAAAAUCUAUAACAUCUAUACUAUCCUUCCUUUUACCAUCAACAUAUUUUGCGAACAUAAGAGAUCGAAGAGAGGUCAAACCACUUCAGUCAAAUUCAUUUACUUGGAGAAGUAAAAGUUUCUCGUUGCGCGAUAAGCCUCUGGAUGACUGUGAGGUUCAUGAUGAUUACAAAGAAAUACCAGACGUUCAUCGAGAAGAAGGUGAAAAUGGCUCCAUCAAGAAUUCAGUUUGCGUGAAGAAAGAAACAGUAAAUACUGACAAGGAUAAUGGAGAGCCUAAUUCUUCUGGGAGCAUUGGCAGCAGUUCUGAAACUUUUGAAGAUGCUCUUGAUAGACACAGUUUUGAGCAGUCAAUGGCCUAUCUCACCACUGAUUCUGUUUUCGUUACUCCAAAUUUAUAUGAUUUUUUCCAGUCUUCUCUUCCUAAUAUAGUGAAAGGUUGUCAAUGGGUCUUGUUAUAUAGUACGGCCAGACACGGUAUAUCACUUCGUACUCUUAUUCGCAAGAGUGCUGAUAUUUCUGGUCCUUGCUUGCUGAUUACUGGUGACAAGCAGGGUGCUGUGUUUGGUGGGUUGCUUGAGGCACCAUUAAAGCCUACUGCAAAGAGGAAGUACCAAGGAACAAAUCAAUCAUUUGUAUUCACAACUCUAUAUGGUGAACCAAGGUUAUUUAGACCAACAGGUGCCAAUAGAUAUUUUCUCUUGUGUUUGAAUGACAUCCUGGCACUUGGAGGAGGUGGAAAUUUUGCUUUAAGCUUGGACGCUGAUUUGUUAUGUGGUAGCAGUGGACCUUGUGAAACAUUUGGAAACUCCAUUUUGGCACAUGAUCAAGAGUUUGAACCGAAGAAUGUUGAGCUAUGGGGUUUUGCACACGCGUCUCGUUACCUCCCUUCAUACCCAGCCUAAAUUUUUUUUUUUCAUUUUUUUGUUAGCUAUAUUUUUGGAAUACUAUUAUUUAUUCUUUCAUGUCCAUGAAAAGCAGCUUCCUCCGUUAUAAUCCUGGAGGUUUCGUGCUGUACAUGUGACAAUUGCUGCCUAGGAAUGAGAUUAUAGCAAUUGUGAAUUGAUAUGCGUGUAGAUAUUCUUUAUCCGUCUAUUUAGCACAUUCUGAAUCCUUCCGGCCAGGGGAGGCUUUAGUGUAUGAUUAUUGUGAUAUUAUAUACAUACCAUGUAAGUAUUUUGAGUA